GGUGUCGCCGGUCCUUCAUCCUUUGCCUUUGAUUCAUUAGGUGGAGGACCCUAUGUGAGUGUCCAGGACGGUCGAAUUCUCAAAUAUGAAGGAGCCACUGCUUGCUUUGUAGAGUUUGCCUUCGACGCACCAACCAGGUCAAGUGCGGUAUGUGAUGGCCAAAGUAAUUAUGAUGAUUUGGGAUCCACCUGUGGGAGGCCAUUAGGUUUGGAUUUCAACCCUUUAACGCAGCAGUUCUACGUAGCGGAUGCAUAUGUUGGGCUCAUGGUGGUGGGACCAAAGGGAGGGCUGGCCACCAAACUCGCCAGCGGUGUGAACGGGGUGCCCUUCCGCUUCCUUUACGGCGUAGGCCACGACCCUUUAACAGGAGAUGUUUACUUCACAGAAUUUAGUAAUGUUUACCAGCUAAGAGAUAUCACUCUGGCAGUAAACAAUGGCGAUGCAACAGGAAGUUUAUUAAAAUACGAUCCAUUGACAAAGCAAGUUAGUGUGUUGCUGACGGGGCUUUCCGGAGCUUCCGGUGUUGCAGUUAGUGGUGAUGGUACAUUUGUUCUUGUCGGAGAGCUUAUAGGUAACAGAAUUAAGAGGCUUUGGAUCAAAGGUCCUAAAUGUAAUACAACGGAAACUUUCAUAGAGUUCCCAGGAAGAGUAAAUAGAAUAAGGAGAACCAUAUUGGGAGAUUUUUGGGUGGCUGUCAAUGUAGUAAUAAAUCCGGUUACCAAUGUCACUCUACCCACCGGGAAAGGGAUUAGUCCAUUUGGCACUGUUUUGGAAACAGUGACAGUUGACAAGGAAUAUAACAACACCAGAAUCAGUGAAGUUCAAGAGCAUCUUGGGAAAUACUAUGUCGGUUCUCGACAUGUGAAUGUGAAUUUCGUUGGUGUUUAUGACACCAUCUAA